GCGUCCUCGCACUGUGGGCGGCGCAUGCGCACGCCCGGCCGCGCCUCUGCGUCUGCGUCCCCGCGGUGUUCAGGGCCUUGCGGCAUCCUCUUCGGUCCGAAUUGUGCUUCCGGCGCGAGGGUCACGGACAAUAUGGUUCCGCCGGUGCAGGUCUCUCCGCUCAUCAAGGUGAACCAGGCUCCGCAGCCGCCGCCGCUGAUCCGCUCUGCGUGGGCAAAGCGCCUCGGCCGUUACUCCGCCCUGUUCCUCGGCAUGGCCUACGGCGCCAAGCGCUACAAUUACCUGAAACCUCGGGCAGAGGAGGAGAGGAGGCUUGCAGCCGAGGAGAAGAAGAAGCGGGACGAGCAGAAGCGCAUCGAGCGGGAGCUGGCGGAAGCCCAAGAGGAUACCAUAUUGAAGUGAGCCUGCCCUUCUCCAGAGCAGUGUGGCUGAAUAAAGUUUUCUGUGCUCUGUGA